GUCAGUUCACGAUUAAAAGAUGGCCUGUACAGCUGGAAUGUUCUAGUGUCUUGACAUAAAUCGCUUUUUUAGUGUUGUUUUUGCAUUAAAAUCAAUCAAAAUGGACUUUGGGUCUGUAUUACAUACCGCUACGAAAAAUGAGAAGUCGCAACGCAAGGAGAUUAAAUAUUACAGCACGAAAUUCGAGCCUCCUAAAAAGCAGCAGCGUUCGAAGGAACUGUCUGUGAACGUGAAAAAGUUUUUGGAGCGCAAAGAACAGGAAGAAAAACAGAAAUUGGCCGAAGCUCAGCAGAGAAAAGAAGAACUGCUAGCGUUAAGAUCGAAGGACAGAAAGGCAGUGAAAAGGGUGAAUGUUAUGCUAAAAAGAACCAAAUCGGCGAAUCAAUCGGUUAUCCAAGACGCGGUCGAUGAUAACAACACGGCAGUUACAAUGGCGGGGCCAUAUCAACCAGAUGAGGAUGAUUACGGUUAUGUAUCGCAAGAGGCUUCAGCGUAUUACAACAAGUUAAUGGAGAAGUACAGCAAAAUGCCGGAUGAGAAGAAGUUUGACUUCACCAAAAAAAAGGUGAGCACUAACCUCAAAAACACCAAGGAUCGCGUAAAGGCCGCUUUGGAGCGCGAGCGGGAAGAAGCUUUGCUGCCCCAUAAACGUAAAAGGAAAGCCAAGGAAGUGGAGAGUGAUACCAAGGAGAGCAGUGCAAAGGAGGAGUACGAUAAAUAUGAACCUGAGAAACCACAGGAGAACGUUAAACCAAAACCAAAAAAUAGGCCCCCACCCCCAAGUUUAAAUUUUGCCGAGUUGUUGAAAAUAGCUGAGAAAAAGCAGUUUGAACCGAUUGUUAUAGAGCAGAAGGUGGAUAAGGAUGAGAGGUUGUUGACAAAGAAACAGAGGCGUGAGCUAGAGGAGGAAAGGAUUUUGAGGGAGAAGAAGGAGUUGCGUGAGAAAGAGAGGUUGAUGUAUGCUAAAAAGCCCAAAGUUGGGGAGAAGUCUCAAAAAAGUAACCCUGAUAGUGGUAGUAAUAGAAUACCAAAAUUAAAUGGGAAUAAACCUGCUACAAUGAGUCCAAUUGCCAAAAAUGCGUCAAAACUACAGAAUGCCUUAACCAAAAGUGAUAAAGAGAGAGGACCAAUACCAACUAAAUCAUUUUAUAACUCGAAAUCCCCUCAAACGAGCUCAAGCAACCUCAAUACCGCCAAAAAGGUUGAGAAAAAACCUCUACAGUUCAACUCUAAACCUUCAACGAUUCCUCCGAAACCCAAAGAAUUUCCGCCAAGAGAUAUGCAACCCAAAAACAGACCACCCAUGAAAAAGCAAUCCAGUGACCUUCGGCCGCAACAAACGUCAACUCAAAAACAAAAGCAUCACGUACCCCCGCCGGACAUGUCUCGCUUCCCGAUGAAAAACAAAAAACCGGCGCUGCAGGUAAACAAGCGCCGCAUCCUGGACGACGACGAUAGCGAGUACGACAGCGAGAUGGACGAUUUCAUCGACGACGGCCCUGACGACGAAGACGACUACUCGAAGCACAUCAGCGAGAUUUUCGGAUACGAUAAAUCCAGGUACCGGGACGUCGAGGAGGAUGUCGAUAACAUGGAGUCCACGUUCGCGCAACAGAUGAAAGAGGAGGCCAUCAGCAAAAAGAUCGGUAUUCAAGAAGAUUUAGAGGAUAUUAGAAUGGAGGAGGAACAUAAAAAACGAAAAAAAAUGUUAAACAAAAGAAGAUAGCAUUUUUUAUUAAUAUUUCAAUUUUUACAGAAAAUGAUCUUGUGAUUUAUAAUAUAUUUACUUAUAUAAAUAAUAGGCUUAUGUAAUUUGUAUAUAAUUUUAUUCCUAAUAAAAUAUAGGAAAUACACUGAACAUUUAUUUAUUAUUUAAUAAAUUAAUUAAACUUACCCUAAUAAAUGGAAUUCAUACAUUGAAAAACUAUGCUACAUAGCAGUCAUCAGAAUGUUCUUCAGUUAACUUGGUUAAAUUUUCUUGUAUUUCCUUUGAGAUUUCGUCAGCAUUUGGGGCUUCAGAAAUCACCCAGGUGUCUUCAGAGCUCUCAAAUUUGUCCCUGCAUAUUGGACAUGUAUCAUGACUUUCACUCCUAAAAAAUUGUUUAAGAUUGGAUUUUUUAUUUAUUAUUAGUAAGAAAAUUACCAUUCUUCUAUACAUUUGGUACAGUAACUGUGAGCACAAGGUAAUGUUACAUCUUGUUUUCUUUCAAAACAAAUACAACAUUCUGUGUUUCCCUCAAUAGAGGUACUUUCCAGACUGCUCAGAAUUUUUGAUACAUUCAAAGC